CUCAUCGCGCACCAGUCCGGCGACAAAGAGUCGCGCGCAGACUCUGUACCAUUUCGUCGAUGUGGGAGGUACAUAUUUAAACCUGUCUCAGCUAUGGUCCCUGCACUUCGUCGCCUCCCUCCUCUCCUCUCGACCAAGGCCUAACGCGCUUACUAUCACUACCCUUUCUACCAUCUGAACGUCAUGUCUGGAAGUGGACGCAAGUUACGCGCGUGUAGGAGCUGCUCACAGCGCAAAGUGAAGUGCUUGCCGUCAGAGGGGGACCCGCGUUGCCGGGAAUGCGUGAAACGCAGCAAACACUGCGAACGCCCCGAAAUCACUGCGAACCAUAAUCCCUGUGAUAACUGCAAGCGUUCUCACGUAGCCUGCGAGUGGUCUGGGGCUGGACCUUGUACGUUUUGCUCAAGCGCACGUAGCGCAGCCUCGUGCUCGCUCGCCUCCGAGAACUCGGGGGGUUCUGAUCGGACGCCCUCAUUCGCCCUCGAUCCGAUGCGACCGUCAUCGUCCCCGCAGACGCAUUACUUCGACAUCGUUCUAAACAAGCAUUAAGUGCUCGGGCGGUCGCUGCGCGUCAUCCAGGAUGUACGUAACAGCUUCACUUGGUCCAAUCGAGUCGCAGACUACGAAAAGGACGGAGAGACAUGGUGAACACGUUGGGGGCGCUGGCGACAUAGCAUAAGAUGUUUUGUGUAGUUGAAGUUGGUAUUGGUGCCUUUGUUGGCACUUGUUCCCUAUAGCUAUAGCUAGCGUUGUCUCAAGGUGAUUUUCCAACG